AUGUUGCUAAAACUCAAUUUUCUACUGUUUUUUCUAUUUUUUGCAAAUGCAAUUGAAGCUGUUUGCAAUACGACACAGGUUCGGGACGAGAUUUUGAGAUACGUCGACCGAGCGCUCUCAAAAGUGAACCCACGUUUACCGCCGAAUGAUGGGCCGACAGAAGUUCGAGUCUACUUCGAGAUCGCUCGAUUCAUUUACUACGAUUCAUUCAAAACUAUCCUCAACUUCGAGGCCUUUUUCGGUCUUUUUUGGCACGAUCCUCAGCUCAACUUUACGCAUGUUCCUUGUUUUACCGACUCAUCCUUUUCUCCAAAGCUGACCGAAAAGAUUUGGACACCAAAUAUUCGAUUUUUCGAUCUCAUUGGCAAAAACGAGCAAACCGGACUCGAAAACGCUCAACUUUACAUUUUGAAAGACGGUCGGAUCCAUCUCCUCCAAAAGAUCGCGCUCACUGCGCCGUGUGUGCAAAACAUUUCUAAUGGCACUACGGAUUGCACAAUCGAUUUUGGUAGUGAUGAGCAUGACGCUGAUCAGAUGGAUUUGGAUUUCAAAGAUUUCCACCAAGUCGACCCAUCAGCUUCACUUCCCGAUCAAAGAUUGUACGAUAUUACCUAUGAGAAAUUGAAGGAAGACUACUUGGGAUUGACGUUUGAUACACUUCGUCUGCAUCUCCAUUUCGAAGACGUUUCUGGUCACAAGAUCAAAUAUUACUUUUUCCCGAUGUACGUGCUAGUUGUGCUCUCGUGGAUGGGAUUCUUCUUGGGCAAAAACACGACCGCUCGUGUCAUUCUCGGUUUGUCGAUUCUUUUCGCGAUGUGCUUACUCCAUAAUACGUUCUUUGUGAUUCGAUUUCCAAAGGUUUCCCACAUUUUCUUCGCCGACUUCUUCCUCUUCAUUUUCACCUCAUUUGUCGUCAUGACUUUUGUGGUUUUGGUGAUCGGAGUGGCGCUGGACGAGAAUCGGGCCGCAUACAACGAGGAGAAACCCUCAAAAAUUCGUCGUUUCUUCUACAACUACACCGCUAAAUUCAUCGAUUGGGCAGGUUUCCUUCUCAAAGCAACAAUGUACAAGCUUCUCCUCGUCGCCGCCUUGGUCGCGGUCACCACAGCUGCUGACACUUGCAUUCACUGCAUUUGCUUGCACGAAUCUGGCUGCAAAGCAAUCGGAUGUCAUCAAGAUGUUGGAUCACUCUCGUGCGGAUAUUAUCAGAUUAAACUCCCCUACUACGAGGAUUGCGGUCAGCCGGGAAAGAAGAGCGGUGAGAGCACGGAAACCGCGUGGAAGAGAUGCUCUGAUGACUACUCUUGCUCGACAACCUGUGUGAAUAACUAUUUCAAGAGAUACGAGAAGAAUUGCGCUGGAAAAGGAUUCGGAACCUGUGAACAGAUGUCACGAUUGCACAACGGAGGUCCAUCCGGUUGCUCGACGUCGGCCACCGUCAACUACUGGAAUGCCAUUCACAAAUGCUGUGCUUGCUCG